AUGUCAGUCAAACCUGUAACCUGGAAAGAAACCAAUCGUUUACAUAAAGAACAACGAAAAAAGUGGCGGGAAGAAAGGUUAGCAAAAAAGUUGAAGCUAGAUAAUCAAGAACUAGAAAAAGAGCCGCUGGAAUCCAUCGAAGAACAACAGUUUGAGAAAAAAGAUAUUUCAACCGUUAGUAUUGCGGUUCCUGGUUCUAUUUUGGACAAUGCACAAUCUCAGGAAUUACGAACAUAUUUGGCAGGGCAGAUCGCACGUGCGGCGUGCAUUUAUCAAAUAGAUGAAAUUGUUGUUUUCGAUGACAAAGGCGAAAUAACUGAAACUGAAAAGAAGAAAGUAAGAAAAGACGAAGCGUUUGGUGAAAGAAGAGUCGCAUGCUUGCAAUUGGCUAGAAUAUUGCAAUAUCUUGAAUGUCCACAAUAUUUAAGAAAAUAUUUCUUCCCGAUUCAUAAGGAUUUACAAUAUGCUGGAGUGUUAAAUCCAUUAGAUGCCCCACAUCAUUUACGUCAGCAAGAUGUAUCUUUAUAUAGAGAAGGAGUAAUUACAAACAAACCAGUUAAAGCUGGCAAAGGUUCCUAUGUUAAUGUGGGAUUAUUAAAUGAUGUCAAGGUAGAUAAAGUAUUAACCACUGGACUGAGAGUUACAGUAAAAAUACCUCAAGAUCAGUUGAAUCCAAAAAAGUUAAGAGGUUUCAUUGUACCACCUGACAUUCCUAAAUUGGAAACCGGUACAUAUUGGGGAUACACAGUGAGAUUAGCUAACAAUCUAACAGAAGCAUUAACACAGUGUCCUUAUAAAAAUGGAUAUGACUUAAUGAUUGGAACUUCUGAUAAAGGAACAUCUGUUGAUGAUAUAGAACCAAGAAGCAUGGAAUAUCAUCAUACCUUGGUAGUGUUUGGAGGAUUGUGUGGAUUGGAAGCUGCAGUAGAUGUUGAUCCUAAUUUAAAUGUGGAUGAUCCGUCUUUGGUGUUUCACAAAUAUUUGAAUACCUGUCCUCUGCAAGGGUCCAGAACUAUAAGAACUGAAGAAGCCAUACUGAUUAGUUUAGCAGCAUUAAGAAUGAAACUAACUCCUAAAUUUUCUCUUUUGCCGAAUCCUCUCUUUAAUGGUUGUGUAGAUAAUUGAACCAUCAGCUGCAAGGAGAAAAAGAAACAACUCAUCGUUACUUUCAAUCGUUUAAAGAAAAAUAACAUAUAGAAAUAGGACGGUUGGUCUCAAACUAACUUAAUGGACGUUAUUGAGGACAUAAAGAAAAAAAUGUUCAAUUUCAAUGUUAAAGUUCAUACCGAAAAAAUUUUCCUAUUU